AUGGGCAAGAGAAAACACAGCGGUGCUCGGCCAAAGGCGAUCGAUAUCUCUAAGAAGCAGUCAGGGUUACAUACAGACGUGGGGACAAGACUCAUGAGCAGCCCGCGGCUGUCGGAAGACGCUGAGUAUGUGCUUAAAGGAGCAUAUACUUUGGGAAAGCCAACGCGAUUGCUAAACUUAGCCACUGGAGAAGUGAAAGAGCCUAAAAGUCGACAGAGGUACGCCAUUGUAUCCUAUGUAUGGGCACAAUGGAGUGACCCAGGACAAGUCGUCGAUAAGUGUCGUGGGAUUCUUGAGGGAACUGGCAUCACUGCGAUAUGGAUAGACCAGCUCUGUGUCAAGCAAGACUCUAUCGAAGAUAAGCAAGCCGAAAUCCCAAAGAUGGCGGAGUAUUAUGAGGGGGCUGCGGUCUGCAUCGCACUCUUGAAGGAGGCCGAAAUCUCAGAAACUUGCUUUGGGAGAGGGAAGAGAGAUAUACCGCAUGUCAUGGACAUGUGGCAAGCUACUUUACAAGCGGUGGAUCAGAGUGUGUGGAAGUCACGAGUAUGGACGUACCAAGAGGCAGCCCUCUCGAAGAAUCUGCUGCUCGUGGGGAAAGACGGAGUUAUAAGCCAGCAAGAGUACAGUCUCUUGUUGAUGUUGAUGGUGAGACGUCCAGAGGCAAUCGCAGGCAGAGUGGCAGUGUCCCGAAACAAGAAUGGGCGCAUUCUUUCCGUUGGUGAUGGAGAGGCUCGGGCAAGGGUGGGUAACCACCCGUUCAGCAGCGCCGCUAGAGCGAUGGAAAAGUACGGAGAAGGGAAGGCGUCGCUGGUAGAAUUUUGGAAGGACAUGGGUGCUAGGAAAUGUGCUGUGGAGGAAGACCUGGUGUACGGGGUCUUGGGAAUGCUACAGCCAGGAGAGGCAGUAGCAGUAGAGUAUGGUAUAGGCUUUGAGGAGGCUGCCAUCAGGGUGUUCAAGACGACUUCCGUCUUGGCAUCCAUCAUGGCCAUGCCCCCCAGUCAAAAGCCGAGCGCCUGCUGGCUCCCAAAGGCUCAGCGAGGAGACGACGGUCAGUGGACGCUGGGAGACACAGCCAGCACGACCAGACCACUCAGUGAGCACGUCAAGGUAGACGAGAGUGGCUUACUGAGUGUAAGGGCAGUGGAGUGCUGGAUUCGGAGAGAAGAAGAUGGACGGUGGAAGAUGAAACUGGAGAAGAGCGUGACCAUAUUUGGGGUGGAGAUUGCUUCUGCCGGGAUAGAGAACAAGCACACGUGGAACCAGGCGCUUGUGAUUAAUGGCCAUCUGCAUGGCGCAGGAGACACAUUGGUGAUCACUGGUGAGGUCCAGGAGGGACACGUUUUUCACCGCACUGGCUUCAUCACCUUCAGAGAAACACUCCCUGAUCGUCUCAAGCCCACAGAAGGAACUCUGACAAACUGGCGGGUGGGAUUGAGGGCCCAGAAUUGCGGCGUCAGCCUUUCCUGA